GUGAAGCCACCAGUACAUCAACAUCAUCUACGUAUUUUCACCUGCUUUUACAUCUGCUACUGUGUAAGAGUCGAAGCACGGCAAACGAAAGUUUUCCUCUCAGACCAUAGACCACGCCAGUAUACCUUAAUGAUAACACACAUCUUUGGUUUAGUCUGAACGAGUCCGAAGCCUUUCGCAUUUAUAACCUGGCAGCGUGACGCCGUUGCCCGUGCCAUGCAGCUUUCUUAUAACUUGCGAAGCCUGAUGACGUCCUUACUUGCCGGUGCCUAAAAGAGUUGAGGUCAGCAGGUCACGUUGUGUCCUGGCAAGGCUGGAGCCUUCGACCAGAAGUCACUCUCCGGGCGAUGGCGCUUACCCCCAGCUCAGCUCCACUUGUGGCGGUCGGACUGACCUCUAUAAAGCUCAGAUCCCCCGUCGAGAAAGGAGCGGACACAUCAUCUGGAGAAGCCUUUGAAGUCCUAAAUACCUCGGACUUCAUCAACCCGCUAUGGGACAGGGCCACCUCGCACACGUCCAUAUGGAACGACGGUUAUACUGUCAACAAGGUCAUUGGAAACCAGCGUGUGCCGCCUGAGCUGCAGGGAAGAACGUACGCCUUUGUUGCACGGAACCGAGGAUGGGACAUGAAGACGGACGACUACUUGCAGGUGAAGUUCUCAUACGACUGUGAGGUCUACGUACUCCUGGUGAACGAGCGUGCGGCGGUGCCGCCAUGGGUGGAGAGCAAGUUCACCAAGAUUUCUGAGAGCAAGAUGGCACUCAAAGUAGACUGGCACCUACCAAUCCACAUCAAGAUGAUGGCGCUGAUGUCCCAGAAGCUUCAGAUGUGCAACCGAGCCCACCUGAACGUGUGGAAGAGCAAGAUCAAGUGCCAGGCGGGCGUCACGUACACCUUCGGCGGAAAUGAGGGCCGCGACACACUGCUGGACUAUUCCUACAUCUUCGCCUGGCGCCCGCUCGACACGGCGGCCCGCGCCGGCACGGAGCCCGGCGGGGCCGCGCUGCGCCACGACGCGAACCGCGGUGCGGAGGAGUCCCUGCGCCUCCUGCAGCGCGUGCAGGCGGAGCUGGAGGUGCAGGCCGUGUGCGACGAGCUGGAGGCCUUUCGCCGGUCGUAUGGCGUGUACGAGGAGUGCCGGCAGGCGGUGCUGGGCGCCGGCGGGGCCGCGGCGGAGCAGCUGCGGCGGCUGCGGCCCUGGUACGUGACGCACGACGGGCUGCUGCUGAGCACGGUGUGCGCCUCAAAGACUGCCAGCCUGGAGCUGGUGCUGCUGCUGGUGAAGCAGGGCGCGGAGCUGGACGAGGUGGCAUGCAGGUACCUGCUGCACAAGGUGGCCACCAACCCCGAGGCGCUGCACGGGGCCGGCUUCCGCGAUCUGCGCCAUCUGAUGCUGCACUACGUGUACAGCCGCCGCCGCCCCGUGUCCUCCACGUUGGCGCUGGCCAAGGUGCUGGACGAGGUGGCGGUGGUCAGGAAGGCCAAACAUAAGGAGUACACUCAGGUGGCCCUCACGCUGCGGCAGCUGGCCAUGGCGCUUGUGGAGAAGCUGGAUGCGCUGGAGGCGGCGGCGGCAGGCGCAGCCGGCAACGAGGCCGGCGCAGCCGCCACUACGGCGGCAGGCGCCAGGGCUCCACCAGCAGCAGCCAUCACAGCUGAUGUGCAACCUGUGGUGAAAGCAGGCAGCGGGGAGGUCAGCGGGGAGGUGCGGCAGCAGCCGCGCAUCGGCCAUGAUGACGAUUCACUGCUUGAAGAGUUGGGGCUGGAGGGAGGCGCGGCGCCGCCCGCGGCGCACGUGGUGGCGGGAGGGGUCACGGUCAGGGUUACGGCUGCCACUGCGCCGGCGAUGGCAGGGAGCCCGCCCAAGGCCGCCGCCGCCGCGAGCUACCCGGGUGGCGGUCUCAUCAUUCCAGGCGGCGGCGCUGGCGCUGGCAAUGCCGGCGAUGCUGAUGAUGACCCAGAUGCCAUUUAUGCGGCAGACGACGCCGCCGCGGCUGUGGCGGACGACGCCUACUUCGGUUGUGGCGCGGGCUGCGCCAAGGUGGCGAGCCUGGAUGACGUGCUGAUCUUGCCGCAGCACACACAGGUGGUGCCGGGCGCUGCAGCAGGGCAGCAGCACCAGGGCCACAUCGGCGGCGCGUCGCUGCCGCCCUCGCUGAACGACAUGAGUCCGCUGGACCUGGCGUGUGAGACGAAGGACGUGGAUUUCGUUUCCACCAGCGUAGUUCAGGGCUACCUGCAACGCUGGUGGGUGGGAGUGGACUACACCGCAACCGCACUGCAGGACUACGGCACGAUGCUCAGCUACUUCGACCACCACAUGGUGCUGCGCAUCCUGCAGAACGCGGGCUUCGUGGGCGGCCUGGGCAUGCUGGCGGUCAGGUAUAUGUCCUACCUGGUUCACUUCAUGAUGUUCUCCUCGCGCCCCUUCUACGACUCGCCCCGCGGCCGCUGGGCGUUCCGGCUGCUGUGCGAGGCCUUUUUCCUCUACAUCUUCCACUCCGUGCAGCUGGCGGAGCACCAAACCUUCAUGUGGCAGCACGCGGUGCUGGUGCUGCACGUGGCGUCAAUGAUUGUGGAUGAAAUUUAUGAGCUGAUGGCAUUUCACGAGGGCCGACCGGUGGUUUACUUCCGCGACGGCUUCAACAUCAUCGAGGGAGUUACCAUGGUGCUGCUCGUGUGCUCGGGCGCCUGCAAGGCGACCACGUUCGUGCUGACGGAUGGCGAGGACGACUCCCGAUACAGCGAGCUGCAGACGGCGUCAGACUUCCUGUUCAACACCGCAUCUAUCUUCGUGUGGGCGCGGCUGCUGAAGUUCAUGAUUCCCCUGUACGACGGCAUGGGCAGCCUGCUGAUGGUCAUCAGCAAGAUGACCGUCGAGGUGCUAAAGUUCGCGCUGCCAGGAGUCGUCAUCAUGCUGGGAGUGGCCUUCACCAUGUACGCGACCUACAGGGGCCGUGGCAUCCCCGGAAUGGACUCCUUCCCCAACGUGAUGCUGCUGCUAUUCCGAACCUUCCUGGGAGAGACCAUGUUCGACACGAUCUCCGAUGAAACCGACACGCUGUACGUCGUGUACGGCACCAUCGUGAUUCUGCUGUACGCGAUUGCGGCCGCUGUCGUACUGGCCAACCUGCUGAUUGCGCUCAUCAGCUCACACUUCCAGCCGGAGCUGGCGGAGGCUCAGUCGCGGCUGCAGCGCGCUGACAUGGUCAGCUCCUACAACUUCAUGGUGCGCAACCAGCUGCUGGGCGCCCCCUUCAGCCUGCCGCUGCUGGUGGUGACGGAACUGCUGCCGUCCGGGAUGCGGCCCUGGGCGGGCGACUACGCCGACGGCUGGGACGCUUACGGUGUGCUGCCCAUGGACGGCCUGCCCAUGCCGCCCGAGACCCGUAAGGAGCGGCGCUACCCCAAGGGCAGCCGCGAGCUGCCGUACGUCAUCUACCUCCUCACCUUCUACCCGGCGGUCAUGGUGCUGACGUGGGCCGCGUGCAUCCUGCUGAUGCCGUACUGCCUGGCGUACUUUGCCCUGUACGGCUACCGCAACUGGCUGGAGGAGCUGAGGUCGGCGGACCCAGAGGCGGAGGAGGCAGCGGAGUCUCCGGAUAGGCCGCUGGGCGGUGCCGCGCCGCCGCAGAUGCUGAAGGGCCUGGCCGGCGCGGCGCUGGGCGGCGGCUCUGGGCGGCUGCAGGGCUACCCAUCGGCGGCCGCGGCCUCCGCUGCGCCUGCAGCUGCCAUCCACCACAUAACCACUACCGCUUCGGAGCGGCCGCCAUCUGCACGGUUGCACAGUGCCACUAACAAGGUGGUGCCUGAAAAGCCGCCGCAGCCAUCACAGCAGUCCACACCACAUCACACCAUGGAGGACUCUGCGCCCAGCUCGUCCGGCUCGUCACACAUCAUGGCUGUGCACGCUGUGCCCGCAGCCUCGGGCGCAGGACCGGUGUCUGAGUCCCGCGUCCACGACGCGCCCCCGCAACAAGACACAUCAGCUGUGGUCCGCCCGGGGUCGGCCACACGCGGUGACCAAGGAGCUGCUUUCGCUGCAGCUGGCGCCGUCGGCGGCGUAAGGCCGCUGGGCGCUUUCCGCGCCGCUCUGGCCUGGUUCUUCCUUGGACUGGAGCCGCGGCGGCCAGGGACGAGCGGCAAGCCGAUGUGGCGGCGGCCGGGCCAGGAUGCGGCGGCCAAGUGGCAGCAAACGCAGCAGGCACAAAGCCAGCCGUGGGACCACCAGGAGCGAGCCGCCAGCAUUGCGUGGCUGGUGCUGCGCACGCUGGCCUACGUCACCUCGCGGCCCGUGUGGCUGCUGCUGGGGCUGCUGCUGUACGUGGGCGUGUUCGGCGGGCUGCUGGUGGUGGCGUGGGGCGGGCUGUACCAGUGGGUGUGGCGCGUGUGCUACUACUCACACUGGGUGCUGCGCGGCUGGGUGGAGGGCUGGUUCCCGGUGCUGGAGAAGGUGCCGGCAGCCGCCGCCGGCACUACUGGCCCCCAGCAAGUAUCCGGCGCCGCAGCCAAGGACGGUAAACAGGGACAACAACCUCAGCCUCAGUUCCAGCAGGUGGAUGCUGACGUGGCAGCGGCCGGGGUGGACCUGGCGGCGUGGGUGGGCCUGCAGUGGGCCAAGCGCCUGGAGCAGCGGCCAGCGCUGUCGCCAGCCGACAUCCGCGGCGCCAUGCGCGACGCGGGGCUGCCGGAAGGUGACGUGGCGCUGGCGGUGAAGGGCGCGGGGCCGCACUGGAAGGAGGUGGAGAAGCAGGCGCUGGAGCGGGAGCACGUGCGGCGCGCGGACCAGGGGCUGGUGCGGCGGCUGACGGCGGUCAUCCGGGAGCAGCUGAAGGAAUCGGUGCGGGAGGCGCUGGCGGAGGCGGGCGUGGUGGCGUCCAGUGGACUGCCGCGGCAGCUGUAGCUGCAGCUGUUGAUGGUGACAGUGACUGUGGUGGGCCGGCGGCAGGCCGCGUGGUGGUAAUCAAGGCGCUUGAUGAAGCAGUUUGGUCCUUGGUGUGUCUUGGACUUGGAGCGGAUGAAUUCUUCAUUCAUUGCCAUGGCAUUGGUGUACUGACUGCCGCACUGCGCGGUUUAUGCGAAGCGGCGAACCCCGCUGGGGUUUUACGUGUGCCGUGAUCUCAAGUCCGUGAUUCAUCAUUCGUACGUAUCCCUUCAUGGAAUCAUCACGCUUCAUCACGCUUGCUUGUUGCAUUGCUAUAUUUGCCCUGCCGAAUUCUUGCAAACGCCCUUGGCCGGACGCCACUGUGUGACGUGGGCAAUGCGAGUCGUGGUUGCCUUCUUGACUGGCGGCAUGUGAAUUCGUAGGCGCGCUUGCUGGGGGGAGGGGGAAAGUGUGGCACUGCGGUUGGGUUUUCUUCUUAAUGUGAGCGUUUUGACCCAUUGGCAUCAGGCGCUGGCAGUCGCUUCCAUGCUUGCUUAAUUUAUCGAGGGCUGGAGCUCAUGCCUGAUUUCUCGGCAAGGCCCGGGUGUGCGCGGGGACGGAUUGCUCGCUAGCGGAACAGCAAUGCGCAGAGGUUCUUGUGCAUGUAUAAGAAAGCUGCCUCAAUAAUCACUGUU